CGAUGAACAGGUGUAUUUUGAAAGUUUUAAUGUAUAUCAACUAUCGCCUUGUACAAUGCUUAUUCUAAUAUAUCCUUGGGAAUACUAUAGGAAAAAAGGUCUGAAAAAUCAAUAUGGCUGAUUUCAUACGAAGAUGGCCCCACCAGCGUACUCCGAUCUUGGCAAGCAGGCCCGCGAUGUCUUCAACAAAGGCUACCACUUCGGUCUGUGGAAGCUGGACGUCAAGACCAAGACCAACUCGGGCGUGGAGUUCAGCACGAGCGGUCACUCCAACCAGGACACCGGCAAGGUGUUCGGUUCGCUCGAGACCAAGUACAAAGUGAAGGAAUAUGGGCUGAACUUCUCGGAGAAGUGGAACACAGACAACACGCUCACGUCGGAGGUGUCAGUCGAGAACCAGCUGGUCAAGGGUCUGAAGGUCUCGUUCGACGGCAUGUUUGUACCACAUACCGGGUAUGUGUCGCGGCGACGUCCAGCCCAGUUCGGCUACGCCGUAUCGUACAAAUACCGGCGAAGAUCGCCGGCAGCCGAACAUGAAGCUGCCACCAGUGGACUGGACAGUAGUACUAACAAUAUUCUCACUUUGUCCUACAGAAGCAAGACUGGUCGCUUCAAGACUACCUACUCGCACGACCGUGUGCGUGUUGAUGCCGACUUCAAUGUCGAUCUGAGUGGCCCGCUGGUCAACGCUUCCGGUGUUGCCAACUACCAGGGUUGGCUAGCCGGUUACCAGGUUGCAUUUGACUCGCAGAAGUCGAAAGUCACCGCUAACAACUUUGCGCUCGGCUACUCGGCUGGUGACUUUGUUCUGCACACCAACGUCAAUGACGGCCGUGAAUUCGGUGGUCUGAUCUAUCAGCGAUGCAACGAUCGCUUGGAGACCGCUGUUCAGCUGUCGUGGGCAUCGGGCUCGAAUGCCACUAAGUUUGGCAUGGGCGCCAAGUACGACUUGGACAAGGAUGCUUGCGUUCGCGCUAAGGUCAACAACCAAAGCCAGAUCGGUCUCGGUUACCAGCAGAAGCUGCGUGACGGUAUUACUCUAACAUUGUCCACGCUUGUUGAUGGCAAGAACUUCAACGCUGGCGGCCACAAGAUCGGUGUCGCUUUGGAACUGGAGGCUUAAGCGUUCCGUGGCCGUGUUUGUGUUCUUGCGCCCCUUCUCCCAUCCCGUUUCAAGCAAAGCUGGGUCGGGAGCAGCACGGAGGAUGGGCCUCCUAAUGGGUGUAGUUGAAAAGUGUUUUAAGAAAUAUUAAACGAUCGAGGGAAUCCUUACCACAUAUAUCUAACUAAUGCUAAAGUUUAAAUAAAUUGAGAACCGCGAAAUCAAACACCCGGCACCGGUAAAAUGGUAACGGAAAGCACACGAAUAAGAGACCAUAGCACCAGCAGAGUAGCAUUGGCAGCAUGAGCAGCAACACCAGCAGCAGAAUCAAGAGUAAACUAGAGAAGGAAUAAGCCAACCUUCUCUAGAAAUAGGCGCUGGGUUAUGUAUUAAUUGCGGCAUGUGUUUGCUAUUGUUGUACAUUAGCAGUGCGCUUUUGACCACAUCGUAUGUAUGAAAAGCCUGCAAAUCCAAAAAGACACCGGUUCGAACAGUAAUAAUCUUAAUUGGUUUAAUUUCAUUCGAUUGAAAGAACGAUCUGGUUGAUCCUAUUGCUUGUUAUAAACACGAUCAAAUUAAUUCAAAUUGCAACGAUGCUAGCUGAACGGAUCUACUUGAGAUGAAAUACUAAGAAUGCAUCGUGUCACCCACUAAAACUGCCAGAGUAGAUAUUCCAGACCAUAUAAAGUUAAUAAACGGAUUGCUGUACGAAAUUAAAAUUAAAUAAAAGCACAACAUCCCUAUCAUGCAAAAGUUGCCAUUAA